AUUACGCGCCGUUUGUCCUAUUGAGCGCUAGAUUUAUCAAAACCGUUGGAAAAUAACUUGAUUUUGCGCCUUGGAGCGCUAGACUGCAAAAUUAGACGGUAGCCAACGCGAAAUUGUCCAUUGUCAGUGCAGUUUAUUUGAGUCCUAGGUCAGCAGUCACUGUAGUCGCAGAAGUGUCCACGUCUUCUUCCGCGCUCCGUCCGUCCGUGUCACGUCUCGUCUGCAGCAGCAGUGUCCACAACAAUGGCGGAUCCCAAAUACGCCAACUUGCCCGGCAUAGCCUUCAAUGAACCGGAUGUUUACGAGACGAGUGACCUUCCGGAGGAUGACCAAGCGCAGUUUGAGUCGUUUGUGCAAGAGGAGCUGUGCAGUGACAGCGUGGAGCGCAUCGUGGUCAAUCCCAAUGCAGCCUAUGACAAGUUUAAGGACAAGCGUGUCAGCACAAAGGGCUUGGACUUCUCAGAUCGCAUCAGCAAAAGCAGGAGGGUUGGCUAUGAGUCUGGGGACUAUGAGAUACUGGCGGUUGGAUGUGGGGUGAAGGAGACCCCUCAGCAAAAGUACCAGCGUUUGGUGAAUGAGAUUCAGGAACUCACUCAGGAGGUGGAUAACAUCCAGGCGACGACUCGCGAGAGCAGUGCCGAGGAGAGGCUCACCCCAGUGCUGCUGGCCCAGCAGGCCGCUCAGCUCAAGCAGCAGCUUGUCUCUGCGCACCUGGACUCUCUGCUGGGCCCCCAGGCCCACAUCAACCUGGCUGACCCUGAUGGAGCCCUGGCCAAGCGCCUGCUCACCCAGCUGGAGGUGGCGCGGGGCAGCCGGGGGAGUGCGGGGAGUGACAGCAAAUCUGGGGGGGCCAAAGCCCCGGACGGGGUGGUCCUGUACGAGCUGCACAGUCGGCCUGAGCAGGAGCGAUUUGUCGACUCGGCCAAGAUUGCCGAAUUAGAGAAGCGUCUGUCAGAGCUGGAGACGGCAAUGGGGAGUGGCUCUGACAAACAGAGUCCUCUGACUGCUAGAGUGCAGGGAGGCAGUCUGAUGGAAACCCUGGAGCUGCUGGAAGCGAGGGUCAGCGCCCUAGACUCAGCUACGCUGGACCAGGUGGAGGCCAGGUUGCAGAGCGUCUUGGGUAAGAUGAACGAGAUUGCAAAGCACAAGACUGCCAUUGAGGACGCUGAGACAAAGAACAAGGUGUCCCAGCUUUAUGAUGUCAUCCAGAAAUGGGACGCCAUGGCAACCUCUCUGCCCCAGGUGGUGCAGCGACUGGUAGCUGUAAAGGAGCUGCAUGAGCAAGCUAUGCAGUUUGGCCAGCUGCUCACUCAUCUGGACACAACUCAGCAAAUGAUCAACAACUCCCUGAAGGACAACAGCUCACUGCUCACGCAGGUGCAGCAUACCAUGAAGGAGAAUCUCCAGGCAAUUGAGGAGAAUUUUGCAGCUCUGGACCAGCGGAUGAAGAAAGUGGCAAAAUAAAUGUCUCUUUACAAGUAGCGAUGGAAAGUGGAGGGGGAACAUGAGCGUGUGCAGCUGUUCUCUCCCAUCUCUGCCCCUCUCUCCACCGCUGCCUUUUUCCAAACGGUUGGGGAAAAGAUUUUAAGAGCGACCAAAUGCUCCCAUAGUACAAUAUCCAAUCGCCUGCUCUUGAGUUUGCUUCCCUUGUCUCAGGUUGCAGCUUGUAAAGCCAGUGAAUCUGCCUCUUGCUCCCUUACAGGCCAACACUGCCUGAGGGAUGAAAUAAAUAGAACGACAAACACUGCAGAUGUUGUUCAAUCCACAUUUUAGCUAUAUUUAGAUUUGGACCCCCUUGUCUAUUAGAGUUGGUUUGUUCGAAUUUACUUUGGGUUCACACUUGGAUCAGCUGAAGUUUCAUUAAUAUUGCACUUGAGUCAUGUUUUUCUAUGGAAGAUGAAUCACAUUUCAAAAAAAUCCUAUUUAAAGUUGUCAUCUUAAGUGUCAAAACCUGGUCUUCAUAAUUAGAUGGGGUGUCUGUGUUAGGGCACAUCUUGAAAGGAUGCUUGUAUAUAUUGCCUGUGUACCUUAUAUUUUCAUGCUCAUUUGCUUGUGAUUGUCCCUGUAUAAUAAUCAACACUGACCACCACAGGCCAAGCUGAGCUCUGCUUUGUCAUGGCCUACAAUGGACUCUACUGUACUUUGGACUGUGGUGUUGGAAACUAUUAAAGAUGCUAGAACCAUUAAA